GUUUUGUUCUUACAAAUCUAACAGUUGAAACGAAACCGGAGCGAGGAGUUUAGCUACCGGAGUUACAUCGGAACUGCAAAAUCACAAGCCAAAAUGGCGGUGUUUCUCGGAAUUGUUCGUCCUCCUUCCCAUUCACUCUUCUCUAUCACUCGUUUCACUCGCCAAUUUUCUUUCACCAAUAACAAUUCAAUCUCCAUAUCUAGAAAAAGUUUUUCUCGAUUCAAACCAAUCAUCACAGCUUCUCUUCAUUCUAGUUCUGCAAAUUCUCAGAAUGGAGCUGAGGUAUCUGCAAAUCAAUCUGAGCUAAUAUUUUUGGGAACAGGAACAAGUGAAGGAAUUCCACGAGUGAGCUGUCUCACUAACCCCUUGAAGACGUGCCCUGUGUGCUCAAAAGCUGCCGAACCGGGUAGCAGAAAUAGGAGACUGAACACCAGCAUCCUUAUUCGCCACUCCAGGCCCUCCGGCAAUCGUAACUUUCUUAUAGAUGUUGGCAAGUUCUUCUACCAUAGUGCUAUGCAAUGGUUUCCCGCUUAUGGGAUAAGAACAAUUGACGCGGUCAUUAUUACUCAUUCUCAUGCUGAUGCAAUUGGAGGUAUGGAUGAUCUUCGCGAUUGGACUAACAAUGUCCAGCCCUCUAUUCCUAUUUAUGUGGCCAGUCGUGACUUUGAGGUGAUGAAGAAAACUCACUAUUAUUUGAUAGACAAAAGUGAUAUCAUCCCGGGAGCUGCAGUCUCAGAGUUGCAAUUUAACAUCAUAAAGGAUGAUCCAUUCAUUGUACAUGAUCUUAAGGUAAUUCCUUUACCAGUGUGGCAUGGUUCCGGUUAUCGUUCUUUGGGCUUUCGAUUUGGGAAUACAUGUUAUAUCAGCGAUGUAAGUGAUAUACCAGAAGAAACUUACCCACUUCUACAGGACUGUGAACUCCUUAUCAUGGAUGCUUUGAGACCAGAUAGAUCUUCUGCAACACAUUUUGGACUUCCAAGGGCUCUGGAGGAAGUGCGGAAAAUCAAACCAAAAAGAACACUUUUCACUGGCAUGAUGCAUCUCAUGGAUCAUGAAGUAGUUACUGAAAGGCUACUGAAACUGAGGGAAACAGAAGGCAUCGAUGUGCAACUUAGCUAUGAUGGGCUUCGAGUACCCGUGAGCUUAUAAGCUUUCAGGUUUGACUCGACAAACCUAGCUAUUAUUUCUGAACAAAUGAAGAUCAUUCAGAAUUUUG